UCCAGAGAUCAUCCUGGGUCUGCCGUUCUGCGAGGCCAUAGACAUGUGGUCCCUGGGCUGUGUGAUCGCUGAGCUGUUCCUGGGCUGGCCCCUCUACCCUGGGGCCUCGGAGUACGACCAGAUCCGCUACAUCUCCCAGACCCAGGGCCUUCCAGCGGAGUACCUCCUCAGCGCUGGAACCAAGACCACACGCUUCUUCAACAGAGACCCGGACUCCACCUACCCUCUCUGGAGACUCAAGUCACAGGACGACCAUGAGGGAGAGACGGGGAUCAAGUCCAAGGAGGCCCGCAAGUACAUCUUCAACUGCCUGGAUGACAUGUCCCAGGUGAACAUGACUACAGACCUGGAGGGCAGCGACAUGCUGGCAGAAAAGGCAGACCGUCGGGAGUUCAUAGACCUGUUGACUAAGAUGUUGACCAUCGACGCGGACAAGAGGAUCACUCCCAUUGAGACGCUCAACCACCCGUUCGUUACCAUGACGCACCUCCUGGACUUUCCCCACAGCACACAUGUGAAGUCCUGCUUCCAGAACAUGGACGUGUGUAAGCGUCGCGUGAACAUGUACGACACGGUCAACCAGAGCAAGACGCCCUUCCUGGCUCACGUGGCGCCCAGCACGUCCACCAACCUCACCAUGACCUUCAACAACCAGCUCAACACUGUGCACAGCCAGGCUUCCAGCCUGGCUCCCACCUCCUCCAGCAGUGCCACCCUCUCCCUUGCCAACCCUGACGUCUCCAUACUAAACUACCAAUCUGCACUCUACCAGCCCUCUUCCAUGGCAGCCGCCGUGGCCCAGCGGAGCAUGCCCAUCCAGCCUGGCGCUCCCCAGCUCUGCACCGCCCGCCCGGACCCCUUCCAGCAGGCCCUCAUUGUCUGCCCGCCCGGCUUCCAAGGGUUGCAGGCCUCCCCAUCCAAACACACUGGCUACUCUGUGCGGAUGGAGAACGCGGUUCCCAUAGUGACACAGGCCCCGGGGGCCCAGCCAUUACAGAUCCAGUCUGGACUACUCACACAGGCCUGGCCCAGCGCCCCCCAGCAGAUCCUCCUCCCCCCCGCCUGGCAGCAGCUCACGCACACCUCGGUCCAGCACGCCACCGUCCUCCCCGACGCCAUGACAACCACGCAGCCCCUCGCCAACUGGAGGAACUCACACCCUCAUGGCAGCCAUUACAAUCCCAUCAUGCAACAGCCAGCCUUGCUGGCUGGUCACGUGACCCUCCCUUCCAACCAGCCUCUGAAUGUGGGCGUGGCCCACGUGAUGAGGCAACCAUCAACCAAUAACAACCACUCUUCCUCAAAGAACAAGAAGCAGCAUCAGGUGUCUGCCAGAAACAUGUCGGCCUACGAGGUGUCGUCCUCCCAGGCGGUGCUCUCUCCUCAGCGCUCCAAGCGCGUGAAGGAGAACACGCCCCCUCGCUGCGCCGUGCUGCAGAACGUCUCCUCCUCCUCCUCCGGCUGCGGCCCGCCCCCGGGCUGCGGGGGCGGGGGCUGGGGCGGAGGAGGAGGAGGAGGGGGGGAGGCGGAGCAGGCCUCCAGCACCACGAGAGACCCCCCUCACCAGAGCCACCACCACCACCACGGCCCCAGGCAGACCAUCGUCAUCCCCGACACGCCCAGCCCCGCGGUCAGCAUCAUAACCAUCAGCAGCGACACGGACGACGACGACGACCACAAACAGACCAAUCACAGCUCUUCCUCCAAGCACAGGAAGAACGUCAUCAGCUGUGUGACGGUGCGGGAUUCCCCGGACUCGGACUCCUCCUGCAACAACAGCCCGUACGCCGUGGAGACGCGCCCCGGCAACAACAACAACAACAGCUACGACUCCAAGGCGCCCCUGCUGGACAACUGCGGCAGCAACGGAAACCCUCGCUCCAUCAUCAUCCCCCCCCUGAAGAGCCAGUCCGGAGAGCUUCUGAGCACGUGCGAGAGGCUGAUGCCAGAUGCAAUGAACCAUCAGAACUCUGUCUACAAGUUUAAGUCCUCCAAUGGCAUGGUCGCGGCUAACAACCACCUGUCUGGGGGCGUGUCUGGGGGCGGGGCCUACCGCCAGCAGCGCUCCGGGCCACACCCCUUCCAGCAGCAGCCUCUCAAUCUGAGCCAGGCCCAGCAGCACAUGGUAGCCGAACGUAACGGAGGCCAUCGUCGCCAGCAGGCCUACAUCACCCCCACCAUCACCGCCCAGGCCCCUUACACCUUCCACCACAACAGCCCCUCCCACACCGCCAACGUGCACCCCCACCUGACCGCCACCCACCUGCCUGGCCAGACCCACCUCUACACCUACACCACGCCAGCGGCCUUGGGCUCCACCGGAACCGUGGCCCACCUGGUGGCGUCCCAGGGCUCAGCCCGCCACGCCGUCCAGCACACCAGCUACCCAGGGGGCAUCGUGCACCAGGUGCCCGUCAGCAUGGGCCACGGGGUGCUGCCCUCGCCCACCCUCCACCACAGCCAGUACCAGGCCCAGUUUGGCCACCAGACAUACAUCAGUGCCUCCCCUGGCUCCACAGUCUACACUGGAUACCCCCUGAGCCCUACCAAGGUCAACCAGUACCCUUACCUCUAGAGCCCUCACACUGGAGCCCGGGACCCAGCACUGCUGCUUAACCCCCUCACCCACCAACCCUGACCCCCCACCCCUCACCCAUGCCCAGUCACCUCUACUCCCUCCUCCCCCCACCACCACCCUGCCAGACAAACACCUGCAAUCCUAAUCAAACUCUUUCGUUUAACUUGAAGAUGAACGACAAAGGGGAAUAGAGAGGAAGAGGAAAGGCUCAGCCACUCUAAGGAGAAGGAGGGGGGGGGGGGGAUUUUUAGGAGAGUUCAGUGAUUUUUCUUUCUUUCAAUCCAUCUUUUUCCCUUGAAAGGGCCAGUUUUGCGUUCUUCUCCUUGACCAUUUAUAUUUCUCACUCAAAAUGAAAGUCACGUUUUCGUUCUACAGCAAGGUCUCCUAAACGGACCUUUCGAAAGAGACGGAGAGAUGGAGGUUUUCUGAUCAUUUCGUUUCAUUUUUUUUCCCCCUCUGGAGCUGGGAACUGACAGUCCGCCAGGGGUCACUUCCUGGAGGAGCCCCAAGACACUUAGGAGAAGGUGAAAUAUGGAAACCUGCUGCUCUUUAAAGAAAAAAAAAUGUUGAUGGCCUUGAACUGUCUUAUACAUUUCCAAAUAAUUUCUGGUCCCACCCUUCCCUCCUUAGCAGACAUCUGGAGGAAGCUUCUGGAAAUAUAAGCGAUGAAAAGACUUAACUUUCUUGUGUAUUUAUAGGUAUUUUACCUCUUUGUUUUCACCUUAAGAGUCCUUCAGUAGGUAGGUGUCUUAGCAGGGACCCGUCUUUACAAUGUAGCAGUCUGCACCCCUUUUAUUUUAUUGAACAACUUGUUUUUCUGAUACCAAUAGAACCCAUUCGCUUCUUCUUGUUUCAAUGUGAUUGCACAAAGUGGGUAUAAUAACAUAGGCAUGUACAACGUGAUUGUCUGUGUGUGCGUGUGCUACUGUCGGCCAUAUUUCGUGUGUGUAGUCCAUUGCCCCGGAGCCCUGUGCAGUCCAAUGUUGUGUUCACACCGAAAGCAAAGCAAAUUAUUCGUGGGAAUGAAGCGACAUUUUCGUCAUCGACCAUGUCCGAAAUGACUACUAUAAACAAAUACGAAGUAGUGUCAUAUGGCAGAAGAUGCCCAGAGACAACUACAAUACUCUUGCCCUCUUUUACUUCUAAAACGUCAGUGACAUUUAUACAUUUUUUAGCAGACGCUUUUAUCCAAAGCGACUUCCAAGAGACAUCUCAACAUUGAUAAACUUUCGCGACACAGCGGCACACGAGUUUUUCGCUCGGGUUGAACAUCUUCAACGCCAAGCGAUAGACGCGAGUGUUUGCAUAGACUUUACAUGUAAUAUCGUAGCGAGAAAAAUGUGCUUGGCGUUCGGUGUGAACACAGCAUUAGGUUUGAGCGUCAUCCCCGUAGUGCCUUACAUAUAACCACAGUUUACUGGGCCUGGACCCUCCACAACCCACAGACAGACUAGCUACGACAACAAGGUUUCUAGGUUGGUUUGGCCUAGUGGGGGCCGAGUGCUCCUAGCCCUCUUCCAGGUGUAAGCCUAGCUUAUCAGCCUCUGUCUCCUCUCCGUAGGACAGUCUUGUCAGAGUUCAGGCUCAGCCGGCCUGUUAAUGUGUGCAUGAGGUAGCUUGCCUGGGGUACUGAACCAAAGUCAUUAGCUUAAUACUUGUUUGUACUGAAUAUAACUGUAAAUAUAUAUAUAAGAAUCUGUGUGUACGGUAUACUUAUUAGUUUUGAUCAAAGUGGUACACAUGGCUAGGCUUUAGCUGGAGUGUGGUCGUCAUACCGAGUUCUUGUACAGGAACAGAAGUAUUAGCACCAGAGAAAUCAGAGUGAACUGAAAAGGUUGAAAAACAGAAAGUGACUAUCAAAAGGAAUGAUGCCACCUGUUUAGGACGUGAAACAGUUCAGAGGCACUCCCGGAAGGACCUAAACGAAGGCUGCGAGGAUGGGCUUGUGGGAUACGAUGACUCCCAGCCGGAUGGCUGAUGAGAGCCUGGUUCCUUAUAAAAGAUAGCAUCCCCUUUCUACGGCAACUGCUCAGUGGCACAUUGAAGAUUGCAAAACUGAGUUAUGGUCAGCGCCAUGUUGAAGAAAAAAAAUUGAGAACAGAAAACUAUAUUGGGGGAAAUAGUUUGGGAUAUUUUGACGGGAGUCAAUAAAGUAAAAUCGCCGGAAGCAAACCGAAAUGCAAUACCACGAAGAUCCACCUAUCAGGGCACUAGUAAGGGUUAGACAAAUGAGUUAUUACGCUUCAUGUUUAGUAGCUAGGGGUGGGGGCUUGGUCUGAUUGAAGUGGGAGAAGCAGAGUUUCGGGGCCUGUUAAGAGUGAGAUGAGCAUGUUGAUGAAUACGUAGAGCUGUGGGGGUACUAGACGGAUGCACACCAAACUCUGAUCAUACCAGUUGAUUGGUGGUUGUUGUUGUGGUCGCAAGAUUCAUGGAAGUUAUCAGUCUUUAGGGCUGGGAGGGUGGCAGUGUGUUGUCGCUCUCAGCAGAGAGAGACACCUGAGCAGAGAGGUGCUACAAAGAGAGAGAGAGAGAGAGAGAGCAGAGAGGUGCUACAGAGAGAGAGAGAUCAGAGAGUUGCUAUAGAGAGAGAGAUCAGAGAGUUGCUAAAGAGAGAGAUCAGAGAGGGGUGCUAUAGAGAGGGACCUGAGUAGAGGGGGUGCUAUAGAGAGGGACCUGAGUAGAGGGGUGCUAUAGAGAGGGACCUGAGUAGAGGGGUGCUAUAGAGAGGGACCUGAGUAGAGGGGGUGCUAUAGAGAGGGACCUGAGUAGAGGGGGUGCUAUAGAGAGGGACCUGAGUAGAGGGGGUGCUAUAGAGAGGGACCUGAGUAGAGGGGUGCUAUAGAGAGGGAUCUGAGUAGAAGGGGUGCUACAGCAUACACCUGGAAGAGCUCCUCAGAGUUUGAUGGGUCACCACUGACUGUCCAUUUGUCUUCUAAACCAUGUGCUCCACAGCCCGCGCUGCAUCAGGCAGAAGGGACAUGACAGACAUAGAGGCCGUGCCGGCUGUGUGUUGAGGCCAUGCCGGCUGUGUGUUGAGGCCAUGCCGGCUGUGUGUUGAGGCCAUGCCGGCUGUGUGUUGAGGCCGUGCCGGCUGUGUGUUGAGGCCGUGCCGGCUGUGUGUUGAGGCCAUGCCGGCUGUGUGUUGGCUGCCUAGAACCUGUGUAUGUCCCUGUCUGGCAGCCAGUCGUUCUGCUUCUGCUCAUCCUGGUCUAGAGACAGACCCUGUGUCCUGCCAUAGUCAUUUAGCAUUUUAAGGUGAUUUUGGUUUUUAUGUUAAUGAACAUUUUACAUGGCUGUGGGUAUAUUGUGUGUGUUUUUUUAGUGUUUUGUUUUUUUAGAGAUUGUUGCAAUAAUUCUUGUAGAUGUUUUAUCAGUGUGAGAGUUUUAUAAUUAUGUGAUGUGUAACCUGGGGUUGGUGUUCAGUCAUCUGGAAUAUUCCUAGGAAGGGUUGUCUGUGUUGGCAGUAUUCUGACACCUUGGUGAAGGUGUUGAUAAUUCUUCAGGAUCCUGAUAUUGCUAGGUAACAUAGGCUUGAGUGUGCCAGACCCAGGCUUGAACCCCUUAACCCACCAACUGCCACAAAGACAAGCCCUGACUGGUUCUUCAGGGUUCAAAGACCACUUGUGAUUGGUCAGUCAAUUCUCCUGGUACUUGUGUCCAAUACUACUCCACACUCCCCCCCCCCCCCCCCCCCACGUCUCCAGAAAGCCUUGGGGUUCUGGCAGUCAAAGAUGUGAUGAUGCAGAGUAUAUUGUUGGUGGUUACAUGUUUUUUUCAGUUUUAUUCUGGGGUUUUUUGUAUUUAGUGUUUUUUUGCUUGUGUUUAUGCAUUUUCUGUGAGGCCCCUGGGCUGAAGAACACACCCAGGCAGAUCACUUGUGUUCUGUGAUGAUGUUGGACUCUACCACCUCCACUCCCCCCCCCUUCUCCUCCUCCUGCCCCUCCUCCCCCUCCCUUCUCCUCCCUAGGAAGACUACUGAAACAUUCCACUGUGGAGAGACCCUAGCAUUUGUGUUGCCCCCCUCACUAUCCUCCAAGCCCCCUCUCCUGCCCCCUACCACUGUCCCUCACCAUGGAAACGACACCAUGGAAACGACACCACCAUCAUCCAAGACUUCUCUCUCUUCCCACCAAAGAAAGUGAAGCUGAAGGCACACAAUGCGUCCUGUUUGAGACAGUAGAUCCCGGGAGGGAAGAACAGUAGAUUCAUCCUCUACCUGACUUUGUGUGUUUGUUUAGGAUGUUUGGAGACAGCAAGGACCACAAAUUACUCACGCUCACUCGUCUGAUUUGAUCAGGGUUAACCUGAGGCCAGUCCAAGGCCAUGCCAUUGUGAAGAGGGUCAACUUUCUGACCACAGACCUUCAAACUCCGACAGUAUGACUUAGAGAAAUUACCCUAGUACAGAACAUCUAUAAGUUUGUUUCACUCAAGAAAACACUCAAGUAGAGUCAAAAAUCUCUUCAAUAGUUUAUUCAGUACUUUCUAUUACGUUGUUUGAUGUUGUGUUUUAGCUUUAUUAAUGUUGUAAGUAAAUGAAGUUGUACAAGAAUCUGUCAUGAGAUAGUGUGCCAUGAAAUUAAUCAAAAUACCAACUAUACCUUUAAGUGAGGGUCACGAGCACAACAUGAAUGUAACAUGUGACCUGCAGAAUCAGUCAUGCUUUAGAUUGUUCUUCUUUGCAUUAUUCAGUUUGAUGACAUCAUUUGUUGCCAUGCAAGAUGCAAUAAUUCUGUGUUUCCCACCUGAACAACUUCACUCAGCAUAGACUCUUGUAUUUGAUUGUUUCGUUCACUUUAAUCAGAUUUGGAAACUAUGAAACACCUUUUCGUGAAAUUAUGAAGUUUGUUUCAAUGUGUAUAUAUGCGUUAGUUUUUUUUUCAACCCUGUGUUUAACUUGUGUUUAGUGCUUUACAAAUCAGAUAUAUGUGCAUCAGUGCAGAUGCAGUGACCUUACGAUUACCAAAACGUGCUUGAUGAAGAUUGAGGUGUGUUGGUGUUAAGUUCUUCAGAAUAUCGUCUCCCCUGCUAGUCAUCUCAGUGUUAGAAUAUUGCCUUCCAAAUAACACACUAGACCCACAGAGCUUUAAGGUGUGGUUUUAAUUUGAGAGCCCCCCCAAAAUAUUCUCCCCCCCUCUCUGUCUCUCUUCUCCCUUUCUCUCUCUCCUCUCUCUCUUCUCUUUUCUCUCUCUCUCUCUCUCUCUCUCUCUCUCUCUCUCUCUCUCUCUCUCUCUCUCUCUCUCUCUCUCUCUCUUCUCCCUCUCACUCUCUCUCUCUCCUCCCUCUCUGUCUCUGUCUCUCUCUUUUUUCACUCUUUCUCCCUCUGACACCUGGAAUUUUCUCAAGCUUUCUUGUUGUUUGAAUGCUCCUGCCACAGUACAUGAGAACAGUGUCAAACAUCUGCAUUGUCCCGCUAAGCAGUCUGUCAUACAUGGGUCCUUGUGUGAAAUGCAGAUAAACAUUCCUGAAGGUUUGGCCCCUCAAUGCCAGGGAACCUUCUCAGGCCAAACUCUUCUGUGACUUGAAACUUAACAAGAAACUACAGUAUGGAGAACCCCCCCCCCCACACACACACACACACACACACACACACCAUCCAGAGUAUUUACUAUCAUUUCAAACUCGGGCCAGGAAAAAGAGGGAGAACUCUUGUGUUCUUUGAGAAACACCCAUAUACCAGUAGCAGAAGCAUUCUACCAGCCCUCUCAUAGAUGUGUCUAUGCAUCUUUACUUGGACGGUCACCUUCUCUCCUGUUAGGUUUCAUUAGGCGUUUAAAGUGGAGGUGGGGAAGGGUGUGAGGCCUCCAUUUGAGUGUUACAAUUUGAGAAUUACUCACUCGUGAACUUCAGAACCAAAAUGUCUCUGAGUGUCUUCUGUUCCCUUUUGCUCAAAGUGUGAGGUAUCUAAUUUUCAUAUGAUUCUUAUCGAUGUUCUUAUUGAUGUGUACAAACUGUAACCAUUCUUUUGACAAAUUGUAGUGUAAUAUGUUUGGAAUAGUACCAGCUCACAUUCGAAACAAGCUCUGUUAUAUUUGGUAGGUUUCUUGGCCUAAUUGAUUCCCAUAGUGAAAGGCUAUCCCCCUGACAGACUUUGGGACGUACGGGAGUAACUGCUGUUUUGACGAGUCAGAUAUGGCUGUGACUCCCAAUACUAAACUGCUGUGGUUGUUAUCUACUUAAGACAUGUUUUGUACUUGCAUAACAACAUUUGCAAAUGAUGAAAGUGAAAAAAAAGACUAUUUUUCUACAUUGUCUCAAGACCUAAGAGUGUAUCAACCCCCAUGAAUCCAUGUUUGUGUCCAUUGCUGUAGGUUUCUCAAAGAUCUCGUUCUGUUGUCGUUCAAGCUAUUCUGUGCUGCAGUAUUUCCUAGUCUACUUCUUCCUGCGUUUUCCGUCUCAUUUACCUUUGUUUUAUUGGACAUUUGUGUUGUUUCUUUGUUUCAAUCAGUUGGUAUAGCAUUCUAUGUAAUACUCUUCCAUAGACUAAUAUUAUUAAGUAUGUUAUGAGAAUGGAUAUUUUACUGGCUUCAUAGAAUGUUUAACUAAAUAUAAUAAUGAUAAGAAGAAUGAUUAAUUACUCCUAACAAAUUGAGUACUUGCUAAGCGCUUGUGUUACCAUUAAGAUGUUGUGUGUUUCUCUUAAUCAUUUUCGUUGUAGAAAAAUGGAGUGAAUUUAUAUUAGGCUUCGAAAAACUAAUGAUAGCAUUGUACAUUUACGGAGGAUUUUAACAGGCUGACAACUUGGUCUUAGAAGAAUAUAGUUAUUUGACCUGUCUUCUUGACUAACCGUAGGGAGAGAAGGGGCUGGCGUUGUGGUGAACUAUGUUAUAGCUUGACAUUCACUGUUACUUUUGAUCAUUUUUUCGGUCUCCGAGGUGAAUCGAGUUAUUAAUGAGAAUUUGUAUGCUCACAUAUGCAUAUUGUAUAUGUGUAGAAAUGUAACCCCACUUUGUCUUGGAUUGACAUUAAACUGUUAAGUCACGG